AUGACUGACACGUUCACUCCACGAAAAUCAAAAAUUAAUUAUGAUCGUCAUCAAUCACCACCAAUUAUUAAUAAUGAUCGAUAUACACCGCCAUCAUUUGAAGAUUCCAAUAGAAAAAAACCAGAAACAUAUCAUCUUGGAGCAAAAAAUAAUCAGAAACCAAUAGAUAAUGAACCACCAUUUCGAUCAUCUUCACCACCAAUUGAAAAUUCUUAUCCAUCUUCAAGUAAUGGUCCUGAAUUGUAUCAUCUGAAAAACGUAGAAAAUGAUAAUGAAAUUCAUAAUCGUCGUUCAUCAUCAGCAUUUAGUAACAAUAAUCGAGUUUCACCAAUGCCUCUUCAAGAUUCUACUGGACGUAAAUCAGAAAUGUAUUAUUUAAAAACACUUGAUGAUAAUAUUAGACAAACCCCACCUAUUCAUAACAAUAAUUAUGAAAAACCUACAUUUAAUGAUGAUAGAAUGAUUUAUGAUGAUCAUAAUCAACAAAAAGUUACUGUAUAUGUUUUAAAAGCAACAGAGCAAGAAAAUCUACCAUUAUCACAUAUACAACGUACUCCAUCUCCUAUUGUUCUCACCAAUAGAUCAGAACCUGUUUCAAAUAAAACUGUCAGUUAUAGUGAUAGAGUCGAUGGGCUAAAUAAACGAAAUCAAUAUCCAGCUGUACUUACUACUGUACCGACAACUGUUCGCCAUGUACCAUUAUCACACUCAAAAGCAUCACAAAGUAUUCAACGAAGUAUGAUGAAAUAUCGAUUCAAUGGCUAUUGA